CACGUGAUUUACUGGUGGCUGUUGGGAUACGUGUCAGAUCCAACAUGGCGGCCAAGGGAAUAAAAAUUUAGCGAUUUUCGCAAUAAAACGUCAUUUUACAAGCUAUUUUGAAUCUGAUCGUUACAAAAUUUUCGUCGGUUGCUGGCCAAGACUCUAGACCACCAUGGCGACUCGGAGUUUGACGGAGAUUUUUAUCCUGAUGAGGAAUAAUGCGGCGCAAAACAGGCACAUGUUCGCCGAGCAAGUGAGUACCCGUUCCGCAGAUGAUGUUUCGGUUCCUGAUGACAGGAUGGCCCUUGUGUCUGGUAUCUCCACCGACCCUGAUGCUGCCAUUGGUGUUCACAAGAGCUCCUUCCCUCCAGACUGGGUUGAUGGUGUUGAAGAUGUCAGCUAUGAGAUUACCAAGAUAAGGCAAAAAAUGAAGGAGCUGUCAGUUCUGCAUGACAAACAGAUGAACAGACCCACACUGGAUGACUCCAUGGAGGAGGAACACGCCAUCGAGAUUAUCACUCAGGAAAUCACACAGAUGUUUCACAGAUGUCAACGGGCCAUCCAGAACAUCGGGAACAAGAGUCGUUAUGCGUCGACCCAGGAGCAGAGGGUGACCAAGAACAUCAUGUCAUCUCACGCCAGUAACCUGCAGGACCUGUCCAUACAGUUCAGGAAGGGACAGUCUGCAUAUCUCAGAAGAUUGAAGAACAGGGAGGAGCGCUCCAGACAGUUUUUUGAGCCAGGGAUCACGUCAGGCAGCUCACUAAUGACAGAGGAGGAGGUUGCUGUGGAUGAACUGUAUGAUAGGGGGUUCACGCCGGCACAGAUGCAGAUGGUUGACGAGAACUCGGAGGUUGUGGAGGAGAGAGAACGGGAGAUCAACAAGAUCGUGCAAUCCAUCUCAGAUCUCAACGAGAUCUUCAGAGAUCUGGCACAGAUAGUUGUGGAACAGGGUACAGUUUUAGACAGAAUAGACUACAACAUUGAGCAGACAGCUACUAAAGUAGACUCUGGCCUACAGCAAUUACAAAAGGCAGAGAAAUACCAGAAAAAGAACAGAAAAAUGCUGCUGAUCUUGGUACUGGCUGUCAUAGUUAUUAUCAUGUUUAUUAUUUUAGUGGCAACAAAAUUCCGAUAAUAAGGAGAGGACCUGUGCAAUGCUGGCAAGCCUGUGUUUCAGUGUAGAUUCAAAGACAAUACAUGAAACUUUACACUAGAGAAUUUGUUAAAAGUUAAAACUUUUGUUCUGACUGCAAGAGUUGUUCUCACCCAGAGCUUUCGAC